AUUGGUUCUAUUUUCGAGUACACGAAUCAGAAACCUGUGUUUGGAGUUUUGGGUUCAGAUAGUGUUUUUUAUGCUCCGUUGCUUGGGUUCUUUGUUUUCACUGGCAUUCCCACUUCUUCUACUUCCUUUGAGCUUUUCAACUCUCUGGGGCGGUGAAGUUCAUCCAAUUCUCCAAGAGAAGAGUAAAGAUAGGGACUUUAGCAUAGAAAUAUUGGGCAUUUCAAAUAUAAAUGCAUAGUGAUUGCACUCAAACUAUUUGGCUCUUGGAACUGACGGAAGUGAGCAGUAUGAGCUGUGAUGUCAAAUCUUGAACUGUAGUUUUGUGAUAAGAAUGGAAAAUGAUAAAUAAACGAGCCGGACUAAAUUCUCCAUGCUAAUCUCUCCUUUCUCUCUGUUUCAAGUGUAUUUUUUUCCAGAUAAAAUGUGCACAGUAAUUUCUUACAGUCAGCCUCUUCCUUUUUCCUAUAGUCAAUGUCUGGAUUAGCUGGUUUUAAUCCUGGAUAUGAUAUAUGGGGUUAAAAAGUAAGUGCCAGAGUAAUGAAGGUCUUACUGUUAUGGUAGGGACUAGUAAACCGAAAAGACGAAGAUUAUAGGAGUUGAGUUAUUUUGUUUGAAGAGAACAGGAUGACUCUUAGUGUAACCAUUAGUCUAUCAGAAACAUUUUCUAGUGCACAUUUUCCAAGUUGAACAGCUCACCAAUGUUUGUGCUAAAGUAUGUGCCUCAUAUGCAUAAGUAGGUUCCUCAUCAGAUCAGAAGCUAGUUUACGUGAUGCAGCCAUUCAAGCUAAGAUAGCUUUUCUACGUGGUGCUAGCUGAGGACGUCAUACUGGAGAAAAAUAUAUGUACAUCACUAUAUGUAGCUCUUCUCUACAUAUCGAGUUAAGAUGCUGAUUGAAUGAAAUGAUUUUUAUAAUUUGGUUUAGAUGAACUGCUAGUUAGAAUGAGACAAAGUGAUGCUCUGGAUUUCCUCUAUUUGGAGCAACAAGCAAUAGAAACUUACUUUUCUUUUGCAGUUGGUUGUUGUCUGUAUAGUUUGAUGUAUCCUUCUUGGCAUAAGUAAAGCCAUUCAGAAGAAACACGUAUGGGCUUAUGUUUGUUCUUCUCGGUUUUAACGUAUCAGCUUGUUUUUUUCCACGGUGCCACCUAAGUAAGAUGAUUCUUAGAUAUCAAUAUUCAUUCUUUAUGAACUGGGGUUCCUACAUAUUGCUUCCACGCGUACAAGCGUGCCUAUGGCUAAAAGCCACACUCCCAUUCAUUGAAUCAUGGACUCUCCCAAGUCAACAGAGACCUGUGGUAAGAAAGAUUCUCAUGGAACUGCCCAGGAAGAGAAAACUAUAGAGAAACUAGCCCGAGCUCAGUGGCUUCGAGCAGCUAUCCUUGGAGCAAACGAUGGAUUGCUUUCCACCACAUCCUUGAUGCUCGGUGUGGGUGCAGCUAAAGAUCAAGAUCAACGGUCUAUGGUUCUUUCUGGAAUAGCUGGAGCUCUUGCAGGUGCCUGUAGCAUGGCUGUUGGAGAGUUUGUCUCUGUUUCAACUCAACGAGACAUAGCAAAGUCCAUUGCGUAUGAGUUAAAAGGAAGCAGUCCAACUACUAUUGCAGAAACCAAGCAAGGUGAAGUUCCUCAUGACAUGGUCUUUCACAGUAUAUUAGCCACUUCAACACAAGGCGGAAAACUUCUAUUUGAAUCACCUGUACGUAUACAGUCCAAUUCUUUGACACCUUCAAGAUCUCCACUGACAAAAGUUAUGGAAUUUGAUGCAAGAAGAACCAUGAUGGAGGAAUCAAAACAGGACAAUGACAUAAAGUUAGAGCCACUGCCUAGUCCAUUGAAGGCUGCAGCAGCGUCGUCUCUGGCUUUUCUCUUUGGAGCCUUUGUUCCUAUGAUGCCAGCUCUAUUGGUGAGUGAAAACAGAAUCAGGAUUUUUUUGAUGGUGCUUGUAGCAUCAUUAGCUCUGUGUUUAUUUGGGGGAAUUGGAGCUUAUCUUGGUGGUUCAUCAGUGAAAAUAUCUGCUAUGAGAGUUUUACUUGGAGGGUGGAUUUCAAUGGCUCUCUCAUAUGGUUUACUUAAGCCCUUUGAUCAUGAUGAUUAGAGGAGUAGAUGUUUAGAUCAUAUUUAGUUGAAGUAGAAAAAAGAAAUAGUUUUUCAGGUUUCUACAAACACUUCAUUAGUGUAAAAGGUUGAAGCGAAAUAUAACAUGAAAAAUUAGUUACGGAGAAAAUCAGGCUGUUAUAAUGA